AUGGCGCCCGGUUGGGGCUUCGUUCCGGCGCGGCUGACCAAUUGGUCUAACAACGUUCAUGGGCUCAACAUGCCCGAAAAACGAUCACAGUUGCUACGGCAGCUCUGGGCUGCAAAAGCUUCCGUGGCAUUCCUGCAAGAGACGCACUUCAAAGGGGGAGAUGUGCCCAAACUGGAGAAUCGGCGAUUCCCAUUGGGAUUUUACGCUAAUCACCAAACUGCCAAAAAAGCUGGGGUGGCUAUACUUUUCGCCCAGACGACGCCUUUCCUCCAUUUGGCGUCCCUGAUGGUUCCAAUGGGGAGAUACCUAUUCUUAAAGGGCACCAUAGCGGACCAUGCGUAUACAUUCGCUUGCAUAUACUGCCCAAAUAGGGGGCAGCACACCUUCCUCUCCUGGACAUUGGCCAAAUUAGAGAGAUUCCGAGAGGGCCUUUUGGUCCUUGGCGGCGACCUCAAUAUCCCUCUGGAUCCCCGGCUUGAUACUUCCAGGGGAAUGAUCGCGGUCUUGGCUCACAGUAUCCGGCUGACCCAGCGCGCCAUGCACAAAAUUGGAUUGGUGGAUUGUUGGAGGGCUUGUAAUCCAGAAGGGAGAGAUUAUACCCAUUACUCUACAGCGCACGCACAAUACACCCGCAUUGAUUAUAUCUUUCUGGCACAAGAAUUUUUAAACCUCUUGCAAGGAUCGGAAAUAGGCAUCAUAAGCCACUCGGAUCAUGCACCAGUCCUGGUUCAUACCAGUUCCCCGCUAUUUAAGCCCAGUGAACGACAGUGGAAGCUCAAUGAAACUAUGCUGGUUGACUUAGAACUCACACA